AUGAAUAAAUACAGGUACAACUUAACAGGACAGUUGAAUGAAAAGGGCGAUGUUUACAGCUUUGGGAUUGUUUUGUUGGAGCUAAUCACAGGAAAAUUACCAAUAUUAAAGAAAGACAUGAAUUUAGGUCAAUGGGUUAAAAUGAUGGUUCAAAGAGGGGAUAUAGUAAGCAUACUAGACCCAAGGUUGCGAAAAGAUCUAACAGAAGUAGAUGCUAACUACAUCACUGUAUGGAAAACCGUAGAAUUAGCAGUGAAAUGUGUUGAAAUGAAUAUAACCGAAAGGCCAAGAAUGAGCCAGAUUGUAGUGCAACUCAAAGAAUGCUUGAAUCUUCUGAAUGCAAGGACUUCUGGUUCAGCUCCGAUCUCAAUGGAGAUCAUGAGUCCGACUGAUUCAGCCAAUACAAUGUCUCCCACGCCACGAUAG